AUAAACAAAAACGCAAAUAAAUAAAACGGGUCAGUAUAUGAAAAUAACAUGAAGUAUACAUUGUAAGAACAAAAUGGAGGCCAAAGACGUUCUUGUUUGGACUCCCGAAUUGGAAGUGAGUCUUUUCCAUUCAAUGAAAGGACACAAACCAAUAGGUAAAGAUAAAUAUAACAUGCUUUUUAAAUCUAUAAUAUAUACGUGCUUCCUUUUGUAUUGUCUCAAAUUCUGUUUAUGUAGCGUACAUAUACUCUAGAAUCGAGAUUUUCUGAUUUUGUUUAUAUAUUCAUAAAAUAUUUUAAUUUAUAUUUCUACUUACUAGUUUGGGUAAUGUUUGCGUGAAAUUCACUAUGCUUUCUCAAAUUUUCAAUGUAGAAUCAUUGUAAUGCCACAUGUUCUAGAAAAUAUGAGAAAAUAAAAUAUUAAAAAUUUGUAGUAUUUAUUGUUGACAUUUUGGCUUGUUCUGAUUGGCUGAAACGUAAAAACGCGAACCAUAAAGGUUCGGCUGAGAGAGGGCUGUACAUUUUUAGGAGGGUGCAUCCCACCAUUAACAUCUUAACAUUUGAAUAUGCACUGCUUGAUGCUGACUUUAGGAUUUCUGGUAGCUCAAUACACCAUUUCCAAAUUGUGCUCCAAUUGUUGAGAACAAAAAUACCAAGUCAGGGCUAAUAUAUUUAUACGUUACUGUGCAUUCCAUUUUAGUGGAUUAAAUUUAAUAUUCACCCUCUACUAGGUAUUAACAGACAUUUUCAUAUGGCUUGUAUUCAUGAUAAGUUUACAACAUCAACUGGUAAAAGAAAUAUCUCCUCUGAGCAAUUGUGGCAACAUUUGAAAGAGCUUUACAAUCUUCCUGCUUUGGUAAGUACUGAUAAUUGUAAUCUAAUUUAACCUCAUAUCGACAGAGUAAAAUAACAAAUUAGAGAGCAUUAGAGCACAUUGCAGCAUAAUAGAUUAAUUAACAAAAGACGAUUUAGGCAGAUUGUUUGGUUGACUCAUUACCCAACACUUUCCUGUGAAGAGUAAUAUUAUCUGGCAUUUGACAGAGUGGGAAAACAAAAUAAGUUGCAUUGUGGUGCGCUGGAAAUUCUCAGUUUAAUUAUGAUCAUUUUGAAAUUAUUCCUAUGUGAUUAGUCGAUUUAUUUUCAGAAUGAAGCUGAAACUAUUCCAUUUCCAAAUGAAGAAAAUGAAUUUAAUUUACCAGAUGAAAUAUUUGAACCACCAGGACAAGGUGGCUCUGAUUACAAUGAUGAUGGUUAGUGGAAUUCUGGAAAUUUACUAGUUUCUCAGAUUAAUUCUGGAAAUUUACUAGUUUCUCAGAUUAAUUCUGGAAAUUUACUAGUUUCUCAGAUUAAUUCUGGAAACUAGUUUCUCAGAUUAAUUCUGGAAAUUUACUAGUUUCUCAGAUUAAUUCUGGAAAUUUACUAGUUUCUCAGAUUAAUUCUGGAAAUUUACUAGUUUCUCAGAUUAAUUCUGGAAGUUUACUAGUUUCUCAGAUUAAUUCUGGAAAUUUACUAGUUUCUCAGAUUAAUUCUGGAAAUUUACUAGUUUCUCAGAUUAAUUCUGGAAAUUUACUAGUUUCUCAGAUUAAUUCUGGAAAUUUACUAGUUUCUCAGAUUAAUUCUGGAAAUUUACUAGUUUCUCAGAUUUGGAUGAGGUGUGCAGAUCCAAGGCGAUCAUUAUCCCAAGUAUGAGAGUUAUCCUAAGUCAUUAGCAAGUAUAAACAAGCAUUAGUCAAAUUUAUCAAACUGUAAGUGGGUACAAAUUCAUCUGGUACUGUAUCAUUACAUUUUUAAUAUAUAUUUCCUCCAGAACCUCCAGGAUCCAGUUCAGGUCUUAAACUGAAACUUCAAUCAGUGACCGCCUCAGGAUCUCGACCUACCACACCUGACACUUCACCCAAACGAAAACGAACCAGAGGCGCCAACACAUCUCAACCACCGUCACCUCAUUCAACACCAACAACGACAAAACGUAGACGGUGAUUUUAGAUCAAGAUUUUUAUUUUUGACACUAGUAUUAUUAUUGUAUAUAUUUUGUGUAUAUAUGUGAACAUUAUAUAGUAAUCAACUUCUAAUAUAAAGUACAAGUGCAAUUACAAUAGGUAUAUUUGUAAAGCAGAGGUGGAAAAAGUAUUGGAACUUGGGAACCUUGUUCCAAGAAAUUUUCUAGAUCUUAAUUUUUGCAGAAAAUUUCAUAGAAUCCUUAAGAUAUGACAAUUAACUGCAAAAUAAACAAUUCUACUGCAAAAUCGGAUCUUAGACUUAGUUGCAUUUAUUUAGUUGCACUUCCAAUCUUUCUGAGGGUCUCAAUAUUCAACAUUUUCUUUCAGACACUUUCUCCAGAAUCCCAAGUAUGUUUAACCAAUAUCUGUGGUUUAACCCUGACCUCCAUUGUGCGAACAAUUUCUUUUGAAAUGUACUGAUGUAGUUGAAUGUACUGAUGAAAAAACAACACAGAAAUUUUUUAGUCUUAAAUCCAGGUUCCCAGAAAGAAAAAAUUUUUUCCACCUCUGGACUGUAAAGAUUGUAAUGGUUUGAUUUAUGCUAUUUAAGACAGAUCAUCUAUCUGGCCACGGUUAAUAGUCUAGGUCUAUUAACCGUGAUCUGGUGGAUUGUAAAGUGUUAAAAGACGAAUUAUCAAGACCACCAUUGUAGUAUUGUGUGUUCAAUAUACUGCAAUGGUUGGGGGAACAAAUCUCAGUAUAUUUUUCUUCAUAAUCUACCUAUUUGGCUGUAUUUAUUGUACAUAUAUAGACGGAUUACGAAUGUUAGGGUAAGCACAACACGAACUAUCCAGAGAAAUUAGCUAGGACAGCGCAAUUUUACUUUUCUUUGCCAAAGUUCCCCCAGACAAAUCAAUCGUCUGUAGUAUUAAUCAAAACAAUGAUAUAUUUGUGCUUGUGAAAAUAUGAACGUCUAAUCUACGAGUCCCAGUGUAUUGAACUGUACAUAAACGAACAUACAGAAUAUAUGACCAGUAUAUGUGAAAAGCUUUCAAAAUUUAGAGUAUUGUACUGUACAUAAAUCAUAGAACUAAUAGAUAUCUAUUAUUUCUAUGACAUAAAUGAACAUACAGAAUAUACGAGUAGUAUAUGUGCAAAGUUUUCAAAAUUUAGUGUAUUGUACUGUUACGUACAUAAAUCAUAGAACUAAUAGAUAUCUAUUAUUUCUAUGACAUAAAUAAACAUACAGAAUAUAUGACCA